AUGUACUACGACGACUGUGUUGCCAUCUGCAAACCCCUGCACUACGGGACCCUCCUGGGCAGCAGAGCUUGUGCCCACAUGGCAGCAGCUGCCUGGGCCUCUGGGUUUCUCAAUGCUCUGCUGCACACAGCCAAUACAUUUUCCCUGCCCCUGUGCCAGGGCAAUGCCCUGGGCCAGUUCUUCUGUGAAAUCCCACACAUCCUCAAGCUCUCUUGCUCACACUCAGGCUACCUCUGGGAACUUGCGCUCAUUGUAGUUAGUGCAUGUUUACUGUUUGGUUGUUUCAUUUUCAUUGUUUUCUCCUAUGUGCAGAUCUUCAGGGCUGUGCUGAGGAUCCCCUCUGAACAGGGACGGCACAAAGCCUUUUCCACGUGCCUCCCUCACCUGGCCGUGGUCUCCCUGUUUAUCAGCACCUCAUUCAUUGCCUACCUGAAACCCCCCUUCAUCUCCUCCCCAUCCCUGGAUCUGACCCUGUCAGUUCUGUACUCGGUGGGGCCUCCAGCACUGAACCCCCUCAUCUACAGCCUGAGGAACCAGGAGCUCAAAGAUGCCAUAAGGAAAAUG